GACGGAGGCGCGAUCCCGAGAAACAGCGCGUCAACCCCCGUCAAGAAAAGCAAAACCCUCUAGUGUGCAGGGGGGAAACCAGAACCUAGUUGUUAUUGUUAUUGUUGGGUAAACGCGGUGUGCGUCUGCGACUCCUCCUGGUCGGGUGCAGACACGGUGUCCACAGUGUCCAGAGGGACAGCGCCAUAAAACGUCCGUGGACACACGAGGGGGGUUUUUUGGGGCGGUAGUAAUCGAGGCGCAGGUGGUGCGACCAGUGCGACGGAACGGCUGUGACCUCGCACCGUAGCUUUCCGUCCUACCCUUUCCCAUUCCUCCGGGCUCUCUUCCUCUACCCCCUCUCGCCCCUCACACACAGACGUCAGUUCGUCCUUUUUUGCCGAAGGGUGUCACAGAGUGCGCUCGGAGUGUCUAACCACUCCACCCCCCCCCCCCCUGGGCCCGUGUGCGUGUGCGUGUGGCCGUGUAACCUUAUGUGUGUGUUUGUGUGUGUAGGUUUUGUUCGGAACUCGGUCUCGGAAGUGUGUGGCCGGCGUAGAUGUAGCUAAGCCGACCUAGUGUGGUGACCCUCCACCCACCCUUAAUCCUCCACCCCCCCCAAAACAUCAACCCCCCGCACCCCACCCCCGCAACCCCGUCGGGUUCCAUCGUUCCAGCGUGCCUGUUCCGGUGCAAGUUCCUCUUGUCAAGUUUUGCCGGCCAUACACCCAUACACCAAACAACUGCCCAACACAAUCAACGGCCAACGGUGUGACAGUGUGACCGCUCCCUCUCUGUGACCAGUGUGUCCUUUCGGUUUUCGGCGGUGCCUCGUCGGUGACCUCGUCGAAGGUGCGCGUUUCAAGCCUCGACCUCGACAACGCGGCGUAACACUCAUUUUGUGCCUGAGACCUGCCAGAAGUCUGGUCAGAAGCGGCGGGGGGUGUUUUUUUGUUGUUGUUGUUGUUGUUGCUCGCCAGUGCAAACCCCCCGCGAAACCCGCGUCAAGUGAACCCACUCCCCGUGCCCGUUUUACGUGUGUGUGUGUGUGUCUGUGUGCGGAAAGAACAAAAAAACGCAGCGCCAUCCUGCCGACUGAGCGAACGAGGCCGCAGCAGCAGCAGCAGUACGACGUACGUUCCCGUCCAUGUCCUUGCUGCGGGAGCUCCAGCGGACACGGUGCAUCUUCGCGAGGCGUACGAACACACCGACGUACGGAUACCGUCACGUGCCACCCAGCGUUGCGUCCCGUCUGCUGCGGGCCGCCCCCCAUACGUCACCAGCACGGCGUCUGACCUGGCGCUCGUACAUCGGGGUCAGUUUGGUGCCGCCGGGCUGCUGGAUGCAGCCGGAGUGCCGCCCGGUUACGAACCCGACCCCGUCACCGCUACUCCCGCUAUGCACAGAUCCGCUACGAUGGACUCGAAGGCAACGAUCAACAAGGGCAAUUUUCUCUCCCAGCAGGAAGAUUUCCAUCCCUUCAUCGAAGCGCUACUGCCGUACGUCAAAUCCUUCAGCUACACCUGGUUCAACCUGCAGGCGGCCAAGCGACGUUACCUCAAGAAGCACGAGAAAAAGAUGACCCACAACGAGGAGAACAAGUGCAAGCGAGACUUUCAGAAUGAAAAUCCGGAAACGAAACAGAAAUGGGCCGCCCGGCUGCUGGGCAAGCUGCGCAAGGACAUCACCCAUGAUAGUCGGGAAAACUUUGUGCACUGCAUUUCGAAGAAGAAAACCUCCAUGUGCAUCCUGUCGAACCCGGACCAGAAGGGCAAGAUGCGACGGAUAGAUUGUCUGCGCCAGGCGGAUAAGGUUUGGCGGCUCGAUCUGGUGAUGGUGAUCCUGUUCAAGGCGAUACCGCUCGAAAGCACCGACGGCGAACGGUUGGAAAAGGCGUGCUUCUGCACCAGCCCGAGCCUCUGCAUCAAUCCGUACCACAUUCAAGUAUUAAUCAAGGAGCUCGACCUCUACCUGGCCAACUUUAUCAAGUGUAAGUUCGAUGAGGAAAACCAGAGUGAAAAAUCGCACAACAGCUCGCGCAAAUUUUCCAAAACCACCACAAGCAACAAGGUGUUUAGCUACGACUUUAUCGCACCGACCGGUGUUUUCACCUCGUCCGAACUGUGGAGCAUUACGCAGGGUAGGUUACUCUUACCGAUACGACCAAACCACCCCAGCUACUAACUUCGAAACCGCUGUGAUACUGUUGACUAUCUGUCGUUGGCACCCAAAAUGAGCAUAGCGAAUCCUUUUUGUGCCUUUCUGUUUGUUUGUGGGGCUGUAGAAUGGGGGUUCUCUCUUUGCAGGUGAUCUUUCUUUAUCUUUUCGCAGGCGAGGAAGAACCGCUACCGGGUCGGGCUUGGACGUGUCGUCCCUUCGGUCAAGCGUCACUUGCAGCUUUCUAAUGUAUGGUUUUGUCUUUUGUUUUUUCACUGCCUGCCGCAUUUUCGUUGGAGGAGUUGUCGGAGGAAACACUUCAUAUCUAGUGAUGACUCUAUUGAGGAUGACUUAGACGACGAAACGGAACCUGGCUAGUAGAGAAUUUUAAUGGAAUUCUUGGAAUGCAGUCUGAUAUUUAUAAAUGUACCGCACAACACACUGAGAAACGAAUAAAAAUGUGAUGAGUCCCAAUGCUAC